GGAAAAACUAUGCUGUCACUCCGCCAAUUCGCGCGACUGCGACGAAUACCUCUGCAUCAUGCUCGUUCGGUCGUGUCCCAGUCUGUGUCAGACAAGUCGACAGCUGAUAAUGCACUCGGCGCUCUCGGGCUAGACGACUCUAUUGCGCCCACGGUCAAAGCAGAAGAACCAGUCGAGGACUGGAUGUUACUUCAGCCACUUGACACCAAUGGUCGGGGCCGUCGUCGCGAGCCGCUGCUCAAUAUUCCACCGCCAGAAGACCCUCUCCUUCAUCUCCUCGCUUCAAUGAUCAUGACCCACGGGGAACGCGCUAAAGCCAAUCGCAUUGUCUCGAAUACUCUCCUUCACAUCUACACCCUCACUCGGGCGCCACCACUCCCAAUUCUGCGCCAGGCGGUACUAUAUGCAUCUCCAGCCGUCAAGACGAUGACGAGGACCCAUGGCGCGAAAAUUGUGCAUACGCCGAUAGCUUUGAGCGAGAAGCAACGGACGCAUUAUGGUAUCAGUAUGCUGCUAGAGGCUGCAAAAAAGAGAACUGGAAGGAGGCUAGAGGAGAGAUUGGCCCGGGAGAUGGUGGACAUCCUACAAAAGGUGCACACCUCCAUAGAAGCCAACCAGCGGUCGGGCAACGUCAGCUGGGGUGGCGCGUUGGACAAGAAGAUGGAGCAGCAUCGGUUUGCAAUGGUCAACAGAGGAGGCGUCAGAAUCGCUCCAGGAGCUAUGAAUGCAGCGGCAAUUGCCCAGGCAGCGUAG